CUCGUAAGGAACUAUCUUCCAGUAGCUCCUCCACUUUGACCAGCCGCUGCUGAUUAAGGAAAGGAGAAUACAGAGUGGAGAGCUGCCAGAGCCAGGAGGAAACCUCAAUAAAAACAAAAACGCCCACGGAAGCGAGGAAGGUGAGGAGAGGUACUGACUGGAAAGACGGGCAACUCAGGAAAGUCCUGCCAACUGGUGUGAGGGAAUAGGAGGAGCCGCUGACUUUCUCCAGUGACCCAUGAUCACACACUGAAGGACUACGGUUUCUGAGCACUGACCAUAACGUCAUGGAGUCACAGCCUACGCCCAAUGGGGUGUUCAUAAGCUUUACCCAACCCGGUGUUCACAUUACACAACCAGGUCAAGCAGUGGCUUCCAAUUCUUCCAACCAACCGAAUGGCACCCUACAGAAAUUCCUUAAGGGAGAGCCAAAAGUCCUAGGGGCCUUCCAGAUCCUGAUUGCUCUGGUGACCCUCAUCUGUGGAAUAGUUAUGUUAACAAGCAUCUAUAUUCCCUAUGUGGGGUUUUCAGGGUAUUCGAUAUGUGGAAGCAUAUUUUUCAUCGUUUCAGGAUCCCUCUCGGUUGCAGCUGAAAAAAAACCCACAAAAAGUCUGAUUCAUGGCAGCCUGGCAAUGAAUAUAAUAAGCAUCGUAAUCUCCGGGAGCGGGAUUAUUAUCAUCUCAAUAUGUCUGGCCAUCAAUCCAUACUCGUUGUACCAUGCCCCCUUUAUCUAUGGCCUUUUCUCUAUAGAGCUCAUCUUAACUAUUCUGGAAUUCUGCAUCACGAUGUCCCUCUCAAUCUAUGGGUGCAAGGCAGUUUGUGAUGACUCUAAUCAGAUUGUGAUUUACCUGACUGCUAAUUCCCAAGGGCCAGGAUUGACAACCCAAGAAAGUGACUAUGAACGGCUGACAAGUCAUCCCCCGAAUUAUGAGGAUUUAACAUCCAAGAAAUGACAUUCUCCUGACUGCAACGUGACCUGGUCAACGGUCAAAUCCAUCCGAAAGCCCCUUCCCCUUAACACCCGAUUAAUAAGUCUACAACAGAUGAGGUCUGUACUAAAAAAUGAAUGAAUUCUGCAAAUGUGU